GAUGAAUGUAUAGCAUUUCACAACGCGACAGCAAAAGCAGGCUCAUCGGAAGUGAGAGCGCUAACUUUCAAAUAUGACACUAGCUGCCGUCAGUUUUCUGGACAAAAAAAUGCACAUUCAUGUAUACGGUGGCGUAUGAGUAUAUGCGAUACGAUAAAUUAAGACGGUACGCUUCUACCGUAUCCAUGUAAACGAGGGUCAUGUUACUUAAAGGGAUCCAUCGCUACGUUGUGGAUUCGGACACCGCCUAUACUAAGCUCGCCUAAGGGGAGCUUCACACUCACUUAUGAUGAGUGUGAAACUCAUGAUGAGCAGUUGGCCUAGCAACAACUUGACGCAGACGACAAUGAUGGCCGACGGCAAAUAAUAAUAAAAAAACACGCAGCGCGUCGAGCAUUAUGUAACCAUCGGCUGCAGUAAUACCAGAAGUGGCAAGCCAACAAGACGCAUUGAUAAUAAGAGUUGACCAAAUUUACCGUGUCAGACUCUCAGUACAACUUUCGCUAUGAUGGCCGUAGUAAUAAAACAAACUAUUCUUAGCCACCUGGGGCUGCGCGCACAACGAUUAUGCCAAAGUAUUAACGGCAAAUAAAAUCGAAAUUAAUUGCAAAAGUAAUUUCUACGAUGAGCAUUUCAGUUAUUGGUCUAAGCACAAACCGCUUGUCGACCAACCAGGUUGUAGGUGAGAAAUCCAGUAAUAUCAAGCCCAUUGCAAAACAUAUAGUACAAGUCAAGGGUGGAAAGGUCACGAGUAUUAAGUACGCGGAAAACACUCGGGUACACCGAUAUUGUUAGGUCAAAUAAAAUGCCUGCCAUCUCAAGGUCUUACGAUGCAUGGAAAUCGCGUAUUAACUAAGCGUUCUUCGAAUCUUUAUUCAUCCCUUAUUAAAGCUCAGAAACAUAAGCCGAUGUCCGUUUAGUUGUACUAUUCACACAAACAGUAUACCCGCGAGGCUGUAACUAACUUGCAAUGACGUGCAUUUGCGCUCAGCCCAUUAUAUCCCCACAAAGCCCUUCUUGAAAGCUGCAGUACAAGAUAGCGCUGAACCUCACCGGCAUUCGUCACAGAAUUGGUGAACAAAUAUCUCCAAACUGCCUCAGGACUACUUCUCAGCUUACAUGCCUUCUACACGUGCAAACUAUGCUUCCGCGGUUGCAGAAUGUGUCCUGAGUCAUUACCUAAAACUAAUGAUCACUUAAUCAGUGACUGCCACACAUUCAGUGUCCGUCGCAGCUAACGACCGGGAAAGGUUCGAUGGCAAUCGCAUAAUUAGAACGUUUUCAGAAACACUGCUCCCCCCUCCACCUAGCGAAUAAUGCUUACUCCGCAAGAAUAAAGUUCAAGGAGGCGUCCUGCUGGAGCAAGAAAAGUUACUGAACGUGGGAUGCAGUGAGUGGAAAUCGGACAAAACAUGUUGGAACUACUAAAAGCCAUUCAUCCCGAACAGUAGCGCGCAAACUGAAUAUAGUAUCUUUAGGAGGCUCUGAUUUAAAAGUAACAUGCUGAAUUACCAGUUUCAGGAAAAAGUGCUCAUAGGCAUGUUUAAAUGUCAUCUCUUGAGACAUAUGCUGUGAAAAGUUGUUUCAAAUCGUCGAUGGAUGCAGAGUAUAUUCCGUUGACCCGCAUAUAAAUUCAUUUCGAGGCAUUCAAAGUCCGAGACUUUUUGAUGGAGUCACCACACCUGCUGCACUGAGCCGUAUUUCAUACAACAAAGGCAUCACAAAGAAACGAUCGACUGAUACAUCACACUCUUUUCUCUUUCAGUUGUACCUUUCUUUUCUUCUACGCGAAAAAUGUCUGCUGCCUAACACAAACACGUCAGUCAUAAAAUGGGCAACGAAGAAACUGCACAGGUUCUUCAGUCAUCGUUCCUCGGCCGGUGAAAGCGUCUAUGGAUGUAGUUCGAUGUCUGCCUUCAUUGCUCCUGCUCAUGGGGAUAUGCUGCGUCUCUUCGAAAAACGACUAUUCCGACUCUUCUGAGGAGUGGGAAACAAGACAAGUCCCUUUAAUGUGCCAACAACAACCCCGGCGUGUCCGAACGUCAAAAGCUCGUCUGAAGUGGUUCUACAACGGGACUGCCGCACGAUGCGAGACAUUCUACCCAGAUACGCGAUACUCUGGAAGAAACAGUUUUGAAACUAAAGAAGACUGUAACAAAAAGUGCAGAGAUGAACACUACGGAAUGUGCGGUGGUCCGAAGAACGACAGCCUCUGCAAGAAGCGGCGAGAGAAGCGCUUUUGGUUUGACCCGGACAACAGGACGUGUCUGUCUUACAUGUACGGCGGUUGCGAUGAGAACAGCAACACAUUUCGCACGAAGUUGGACUGCCUUACUGAAUGUGCAGAGUUCAUUAACGACGCCUGCUCCCUCCCGAUAAACGAAGGCGACUGCUACUCAAAACAGGUUCGCUUCGGCUACAACAGAGUAUUUCAAUCUUGUGAACAGUUCGUCUACACUGGUUGCGGAGGCAACCGAAACAACUUCAAGAAUGCAAAAAGCUGCUGGAUGACGUGCGCAAGAAACUCAAGGUGCCUAAAGCAUACGCAAAAAAAUACCCACUGGUUCAGGCCCUUCAAAAGCUACUUCUACGACGCCGACACCAAUGAAUGCACACUGACGAGAACUUUUUUCCCAAAGAAGAAGGGCCCGAAAUACAACAGAUUUCCAAACAAAACCGAAUGCGAACGAGUGUGCAAGCGAAAACACACGCCUAAAAAACGAGAUCGGUAUAUGAAGUGAAAACAAGAAUGGAGGUCCUUCACGAAAGCUGUACAGUCGCAACACUGCCACUUGUAGACGUUUUGUGGAUCUAUAUCUCCUGCUGGUACUUCUAUGUGACCGAAACGGAAAGAACGUGACCUACUUCGCAGUCACUUCUCAGAAAUAAAAACCAUCAAAUCACUGUAUACAUUCGAAUCAAUCUGCUAG